CCAGUCCUUGCCAAGUUCAACGCAACCAGGAAGUGAAAACAACAGUCACCAAGUUUCUCGUUAUUCGCCUAUUUUAUAUCUGUUUAAUCAGCGAUGAUGGUGAUGGCUUUAUGUAGAGUGUGCUGAAUGUCUCAGGGACAUUCAAAUGAUGAAAAUGGCCCAGAAAAAGCAACCGGAUCCCAAACUUAAAGAGAUUGUGCGGAGUUUUAAGAAGGAGUUUUUACUGAAGAAUAUCCUCGACCUCGAUGGGCUGAUUUACCAGGGUGUGGUUCAAUGUACUUGGCGUCACUGGAAAGAAUUCCUUUCAUAUCUCCAGAAAAGGGGAACACUCACACAGAGAGAUGUUACUGAGGGGAGAAUUGGUUCUGGUCAGGAUGACAACAUGGAAAGGAUUUUGAAUAUACUUGCGGUUAAGGCCAAAAGGGUGGCUGAUCUGAUAGACUACCUCUAUCAUACAGAGAGCUAUUCAGCUUUAAGAGUCUUCGGUAUUCAGAUUGAAGCACCACAGCCUGUGCCAAGAGAUAUACCACCAUCUCCUGUAACUAGUGGUGAAUACAACGUUGACGAUGUUACUGGAUAUCACCAAGGUCAUGCAUUUCCACCACUUUUUAAGGAACAACCAUCAGAAUACACGCGUGUACAUUCAGGACAAGCAAUCAAAUUUGAACCGUGCUAUGCUGAGGGAGCGAAGAGGUAUCAGUGGUUUAAAGCUGUUUCAGAGGGAUUUCAACUCCAGUAUGAAAGUGACACUUGUGGCACAUUUCAGAUUCCAGAAGCCAAAUUGACUCAUGCGGGAACCUACAUAUGUAAAGCAUUCAACGAUGUUGGCUCGGCUUCAAGCAAGAAUAUUAGAGUUCAUAUACUUGGUGAUCAACAUCAGCAUCAACUCCUCAGUCCAGUAAUCAGUCAACAGCCACAGUCAGUUCUUGGAGUGACAGGUGAAGACGUGGUGUUUACGUGUCAUGCAACUGGGAGAGGCCCUUUGACCUAUCAAUGGUACAACAGUAAAGGAAAGUUAAACGGUGCUACACAGAAUGAGCUGAGACUGAAUACUCAUUACGAGGAUGCUUACAUAUGUGUGGUGACGGAUGCCGAUGGUGUCACAGCUGUGUCAAAGGAAGCCAAGUUUCAGAUAGUAAAGCUAGAAAAAUCUUCAACUGGAUUUACAGCGACUUCCAAAGUUGCCCUCCUAAUAGGAAAUGGGAAUUACAAGACUAACAGCAAAUUGGAUGCGGUGUACAGAGAUAUACCACGACUCUCCCAUUUACUAAAGAAUAUGGGUUUCCAAGUGGUCGCCUGUUAUGACUUGACAGUUGUUGAAAUGAAGAAGGUUGUCACUUUCUUUGCCAGCCUUAUGAUGGAAGGUGUCUAUGCAUUUGUUUAUGUCGUGGGGCAUGGUCAUUAUUACCAAGGCCAGAAUUACCUCCUGGCAUAUGAUGCUCACAUUGAUAUCAGACCAGAUGAAGAUGCCUUCCUAAUUGAAUGGAUGUUGAGAGAGUUACAGGGGAAGACUCCAGCUCUGAAAGCUAUCUUCCUGGAUAUAUGCAGAAUGCAACCAAAACCUUUUGACAAAAGCACAAGGGCUGAUCAACGUUCAAAAACGACUCCAGAUCGUGAUGGUGACAGUGAUGAUAAAAGCAACCCAGUGAUGAUUGAACUCCCAGCCGACAAGAAUACGAUAAUAUGUUAUGCUACGGGUGAAUUUGCCAAAAGUUACGAAGUGCACAAUGAAGAUCCACAGUCCUUCUUUGUAGCCUGCCUCAUGGAAGCUCUGCCAGUCAAAGAACCUCUCGAAUUUAUAAGUUUCCGAGUGAAACAAAUAAUGCAAAAAUACUGUGAAAAAUACAAAACCCUACAGUACCCUGUGGUCAAGAGCAGCCUUGCAGAUGGACGUUCACUUUGGGAUGAUGUUGAUAAAACAGGACGAACAAAAGAAUAUCAAGCUGGCAUAUUACAGUGGGAAUCAGCAAACAUUCUUCCCCCUCCGCUAUAUUUGAACAUUGAUCGAAUAAAUAUCCAAGUCCAUCUUGACUUUGUGGCGACAGUGACCAACCAGUUCCGUGUCGUCGUGACAGUCAUGCAGAAUGAUGUCGCCGAAAUUCCAUACAAAGCAUACAUUUGUGAUCGGCUCAUACCACAGGGCAUAACAGCGAAGCUCUACGAUAAAGUUGAAGAAGAAGUUGUAGGAAAUGGAAUGAAAAGGACAGUGACAGUUUUUAAGAAUUUGCAAAAACUGGAGGAUAAUUUAAAAGUGCAUUUACUUCUGGUUUCCCUGCCAGGACCACAAGUGAAAGUUGACUAUCUGCUUGAUUUUGAAAAGCCGAUGAUAGCAAAAAUAAACAUUUGGAAAUCAGAAGGCAUCUUCAGACAGGGUAUUGAAGAGAUAAGGCAGAAACACAAAGAUAAAGCAAACUGAGACGCUGAAUACUGAGCAAGCAGUGUUUUGGGACAAGCUCAUGUGGCUGACAUUGACAAUGGCCUAUACUCAAAACAGAGGAGUCUCGCUACAGAUAGAAGGGCAAACAUGUACAUGUAUAUGCAAGCCAUUAGUGCUCACAGUUGCUAGCUCAUACCUAUAUUGGGUGCUAUCAUGUGGGAAAUAAAGUGCCCCACUUACAGAUGAUUUUUAUCUCACUGGUUUGUGAUAACUCUUGCUGCAAAGACUGAUAAAAAAAGGCAAGGAAUGGUGCCAUAUAUUUGAUGUUAUCUGUAAAUAUUGUAAAUCUGCUGGCUGAGAGAAUGAAUAAAAGCCUUCUUAAACACUUUCUGGCAAUUUAAAAAAACUUAGGAAAAAAAGAUGUUACAAAGGAGGUUUAGCAAAUUUUGCUUGCUGCAUUGUCACGAUGUAGAACUUGUCACGCGACUUGGAUGUCUUGGAAUAUCAGGUGGAGGGUGGGUUAGGACAUGAAAAUGGAAAUCUGUUUCGGAUUGUCUCCAAGUCACAUACAGCUAAUUGUGAUGAACAUAGUGAAUGCACACUGGAUCAGACCAGGUUGUAUAUUCGUUGGUUCUCCUGUGAGCAAUCUGAGAAUGACUAUAUUGAUGAAUGAUGUCUAAAAUUGAUUGAAAUAUCGUCUGCAAAUGUGUGUUAUCUCCAGGCCACUCUUGGUUGUAACCAGAAGAUAAAUUCAUGAAUCUUGGACACAUUGUCACUUAUCAGCUCAGCUCAGUGGUUGGUGCCUGUCUGAGUUGGCUGUGACAACAGAAAUAAAUGUCUUGGAAUGGUA